CUGGUCAUAAUGACAGCGUUGGCCUUGUGAAGGAGUGGCAUAUGGCCACAUUCUCUACGAUAGCUUCCGCCUCCACCUGUAGACUGUACGGUGCAAAUGAACUUCUCGUACGUCUCAGCCUUUUAAAAGGGCCACAGAGAGAGCACUCAAAAAAAAUUCAUUCAUUUUUCUCACUUUCUUCAAACUUCAUAUCAUUCCCCUCUUCUCAUGGCUCAGAAGGCAGUGUUAAAGGUCUUGACCAUGACCGAUGAUAAGACUAAGCAGAAGGCCAUAGAAGCUGCUGCUGAUAUUUUUGGAAUUGAUUCGAUUGCCGCGGAUCUGAAGGAACAAAAGCUAACAGUGAUAGGGAUAAUGGAUCCAGUUGCAGUGGUCAAGAAGUUGAAGAAAGUAGGGAAAGUGGACAUAAUUUCAGUUGGCCCAGCCAAAGAAGAAAAGAAAGAAGAGAAAAAAGAAGAGAAGAAAGAGGAAAAGAAGGAAGAGAAGAAAGAAGAGAAGAAAGAAGAAAAGAAAGAGGAAAAGAAGUGACCCAUUUUUCACUUGCUAUAAAUUAUUCAAGUUUUUAAGAGAACUUUGUCCAUUAAAGAUCCCUUUCUUUAUUUUCACAUGGUUUUCAGGAAUCUAUGGGUACAAAUAUAUUUCAGCAAAUAGUACAAGGAGUGUUAGUUUAGGGUGAGCCUGCUUUCCUGCAUGUUUUCACAUGGUAGUAGUGCUAGCUCUCAUGGGUUUUUGUCCAUUUUCACUUUUUUUUUUUUUUUGGCAAUAAACUAGCAAAUGUAAUUUCAAUUUUAAAAUGUCAGCAAUGUAACUAAGAAAUGUAAUUGGCCUUUUGUCCGUUUUAAA